UAUUAUUUUGAUUUAUAUAAAAUCCAUAACAAAUUCACAAAGUUCGAAAAUUAUAAAUUUAUUUAAAUAUUAAGGUUCUAAACAAAUAAUUAAAAAUGUCCAAACCACCUAGUAGAGAUCUAAUUAAAAUUGUACUUACGAAUUUUUUGAAAUCAUUUCGUCCACGUCAAAUACGAGGAAAUUUAAUUGGAGAAGAUUAUUUUGGAAAUAAGUAUUAUGAAAUUCCGGCAAAUCCAGCAAUUGGAAAAAGAAAGCCUUCAAGAUGGUUUGAACCAGUUGACAAAGAAUCUUUUGAUAAUGAAAUUACAGCUGAAUGGGAAGCAUGGUUACGUGGUAGAAGAGUUGAUCCACCAACUAAAGAAGAAUUAGUUCGUAAUUUAUCAAUAAUGGAAAUGAAAAGACGAAAUGCUGCAAAAUUAGAUGAAGUUUAUGGAAAAAAGAAAGAUGAAUUUGAAGUACCUAAAGAUUCAAAAGGUCGAUCAUCUUUUCCUACUUAUGAUGAAUAUGAAAUAAUACCUGGAAAAGAUCCAAAUAAAAGAUAUUAAAAUAAUAAUAACAUAUAAAAUUUUAGUUUAUAACAAUGAUUUAUCUUGUUAAUAAAAUAGUGAUCAAUUUUAUUUAAUAAAAAAAGAAAAAUAAGCUUUAAUUUUAUUUUUAAUCGCAUAAUUACAAAAUAAACGAAUGGAAAACUAUAGUAAUUUUUAAUUAAAUUAUUGAAAUAUUUUUAUAUAUGUAUAUUGUAUUAUAGGUAAAAAACACUUUUUUUUCUGGCUAAUUUUAA